AUGUCCCAGAGUUCGACUUGGAGAUUGAGAAUGACAAAUCAGUUUGACUUGGAGAAUGCACGGACGUCACUGGACGAGCAAGGGUUGAAGAUUGCGGAGAAUCAGGAGGCGAGCUCCAAGAAUCGGAGGAAACUCGCAGAGUCCACACGAGACUUCAAGAAGGCAGGUAAAGAGGAGCAGAGCAAGUUGUUCGGCGCCCUUCUCAAGGCGUAUCAGGAGGAGGUGGACAACCUCACAAAGCGCGCCAAGUUUGCAGAAGCAUCUUUCCUGGGCGUCUACCAGAAGCUCUAUGAGGCCCCGGAUCCUGUGCCGUCCCUGGCGUCUGCUGCUGAGGUGGCAGCGAAUGCUGCUGAGCUGGCGGCGGAGAAUCGGCGCAUGCAUGCUGAGCUGGAGGAGUUCCGAUCUGAGUCAGCACACCUCAAGAACCAGCAGGCGACGGUUCGACGGCUGGAGGAGAGAAACCGACAGCUGGAGCAGCAGAUGGAGGAGAAGGUGAAGGAGAUGGUGGCGAUGAAGCAGCAUGUGCUGGCGGAGGAGAGCCAACGGAGCAUGGAAACACUCAAGUCAAGGGAGGAUGCACUGCAGGAGCAGCUGAGGGCGGCGAGGGAGACAGUGAGCAACAUGCAGCGGCUGCACGAGAUGAGCCAGUCGCAGCUGUUCGAGCUCAAGGCGCAGUCAGAGGAGGAUCGCGCGUCGAAGCAGGGCGAGGUGAAUUUGCUGACCGACGAGGUGGAGCGAGCUCAGGCGCGGCUUCUGGCUCUGGAGAGAGAGAAGGAAGCUCUAAAGGCGCAGCUGCAGACUGCACAACCUAGUGAAGCAGCAGAUGGCGAGAGCACGGACAGCAGUGGAGCGGUGGGGUGGGAGGCGGCAGUGAGGGCAAAGGAGGCGGUGAUAGCAUCGCUGCAUCAGGAGCUGCACGCCCUGGAGGCAGCAGGGGCGGCUGAGAGGGAGGAGCAGCGGGCGGAGGUGAAACGACUCAAGGCGCUGCUGCAGGACCAGGAGUCGUCCAUUGGAGCGCUGAGAGCGGAGCUGGCAACGAGGCCCACACAGAGGCAGUGGGAGGACCUGCGCAAGCAAGUGAAGAUCCUGCAGGCUGUGGGGUACAAUGCAGUGGAAGUGGACGACUGGGAUGAACCAGGCAUGGCAUCCAACGGUCCAGGAUCGUCCUCCGAUCUCUCUGCUGCUGCAGAUGGGGACAGUGGGAAAAGGGGAGGGGAAGGGGGAGUGAUGCGCAGCAGCAGUGGGGCUGACAUUGGGAAACUGGAGGCGUUGCUUCUGGAGAAGAACAAACGGAUGGAGCACGAGUUGACUCAAGUCAAGAUGCGUCUAAGUGAGAGGGAGGAGGAGUGCGAUGAAACGAAAGCUAAGCUGGUAGCACUGGAAGGGACAGUGGCGGAGCAGAGGGCGCUCAUAGGCAAACUGGAGGACGACAUUCUCAAGGGCUAUGGCGCACGGGACAAGCACCGGGCGGCGUCCGUUGGCAGCAUUGUCUCGAUGCCCGGAGCAGCGGGCGGCAGCGGUGGUGGUGGUGUGGAUGGUGGUGUUACAGGUGGCAGCAGCAGAUUGGUGGAUGAUGAUUCGGUGCUGAUGGUGGUAUGCGGGCAGCGGGACAGGUUCCGACAGCGAAUGGGAGAGCUGGAAGAGGAACUGCGGGCAGAAAGGGAGAGGAGCAGCAAGUUAGCGACAGAGGUGGAGCGGUUGAAAGCAGACAACGUGAAGCUGUAUGAGCGCAUGCGCUACGUGCAGGACUACACGAGCGCUGGUGGGGGAGGGGACAGACCCAACUCCAGCCGGUCGAGAAAGAGUGACCUCGAGGCGGGUCCAGCAGCAGACGUGGAGGGCAAGUACAAGAAGAUCUACGAGGAGACAAUCAACCCGUUCGCUGCUUUCUCCACCAAGGCUGUGAGCGUGGGAGUGGGAGUAUCAUGGGUUCCUUUGCAGUGCUCCACAGUUUCUCUCAUCAUCUCGUAUGCGCGCACGUUUGUCUUCUUCUACUCCAUCGGCCUGCAUAUCCUCGUGGCUCUCAGCAUGUACCGCCUCUCCAGCCUCAGCCAUGCCAGGAGCAAGGGGGUGGUGUAUGUGCGUUUCAAGGCACAGAGUGAGGCAGUCUCGGCUAAGAAACAACUCCAUGGCAUCCGCAUGGGAAGAAACAACAUAUCAGCUCACUACUUCCCCCCUCAUUCAGCUGACUGCACUGAACCGCACUCCACACCUGUCAUUCCUUCUUCUGCUGCUGCUCCUUCUACUGCUCACAAGCAUGGAGCACACAGGGAGGCAUCACCACCACCACCGCCGCCGUUACAGCAAAGGCCUUUCACUGACCCCUCUCUCCGCCGCCUGCUGCAUGCCCUCAUGGCUUUCAGCGAGCAAGAACAGCUGGUUUCACAAAGGCGUGAAGGAGAGGGAGCAACAGCAGCAGCAGCAGCAGCAGCAGGGCAGGAACAACUUAUUGUGAGAGAAAAUACUAUUGACCGAGAGAAGGGGAUGACAGGUGCAGAGGAAGCAGUGGGCCAACAGCAGGGAUUGGGAAGCAGAGGGAAGGAGAGGGUUGAAGAGAGAAGGGACGAAGCAGCAUUGCCUAUAGGGGAGGUGCACGCAGAAAGGGGAAGCCAUUUAGCAGCAGGAGGGGGGGAGGGAGAAAGCUGUGUGGAGGAAGGGAGCUAUUAUCCCUUUCCUCCCCCACACUUUAGGUACGCGUACCCUCCUCCGUCUGCUCCCACCAUCAUCAACAUUGCUCUUGCACUCAUCGCCACACCCCGCCUAUACACGCAGAGACCCCCCUCCCUGGCACCUCUUCCUUUUCAUCCUUCAUAUUUCCGCCACUCUACCCCGUUCCCUUCUACGCCCUUCCCUCCCUCACCCUUCGUUCCCGCACUCUCUCCCUUCCCUCCACCACCCACGCACCGUCCACUCCCCUCUCCCUCUCCUGCCCCAUCUCCCUCUCAUGCUCCCCUGCCACACACCGUCUCACCCGCUGCUGCUUUCGCUGCAUCGCCCGCCUCCUCCUCUCAACCCACCACGAGCUCUUUUGAUUCGCCCUCACAGCCCCUCAGAGCACAGUCGCCCUUGCCAACAGCAGCAGCGCCACCACCACGUUCCAUCCCAUCAAAUCCUAGUCCUGGGACGUUUCUAAGCACCGUCAGUGCCGCCGCGUCCUCCUCCCAACCCUCCACGAGCCCCUUCGAGGCGCCCUCACAGCCCCUCAGAGCACAGUCACCCUUGCCACCAGCACAUUCCGUCACCACCCCGUCCGAUGCAAGCCUUCUGACGCCGAAAAGCACCGCACGAAUUGCCGCUGCUGAUGUCAAUGCCUCCCGCCUCCCACCCUCCGCGUCCCGCCCUGUCACAAGCCUCCUUGAAACGCCGUCACAGCCCCUCAGCAGCGCACAAUCAUCCAUACCAGCAGCAGCUGCCACCCGAUUGAAGAAGGGUUUUGAGACGUCUCAAAACCCUUCUUCAGUCAAUGACUCCCGCCUCCCGCUUUCCACGUCCCGCCCUGUCACAAGCCUUCUCGAAACGCCGUCACAGCCCCUUGGCGCACAAUCAUCCAUACCAGCAGCAGCUGCCACCCCAUCCAAUGCGACUCUUGAAAUUCCUCGAAGCACAGCUUCCCGCCCCAAACCUCCUGGGCUUUUCCCCGCACAGACAGAUUCCAGUGUUGGUGGUGGUAGAGAUGGCGGAAGGGGUGCCGUGCUUCCCAUAGCAGAAAGAAGGGAGGGAGGCGGAGUUAUCAGAACAAGGAAGAGAGGAGAGGUGGAGGAGGAGGAAGAAGAGGAGGAGGAGGGAGGGGAUGAGGGUGUGUGGGAGGAAGGCGAGGAGAAGCGGCUGGAGAGAGCUGGAGUGAGAAAGGUGGUUGCAGGAAAUGGAGGAAGGGUUGCGGGACGGGCAGGGCUGGUGGUCAAGAAAAGGACGCCUGUUUUGCAGAUCCAGUUGCGGCCAGAGAAAAAGAAACCAAGAACUCACGAGGGCAGGGCAGCUGAAAGCAAUGCUGCAGUGACAGACCAAGAUUUUGGGGUGUCAUUAACAGACCAGGAGGUUAUGGUGACACUGACGGGACGAGGUGCGAUGACAACGGGCGGACAGAAGGAGAGCGGUGCAGUGGCAGAGGCAAUUUUGGAGUCGGAUGGGGUGGAGGAGGGACAGCGGCAGGAUGGAGCUGGUUUCGAGGAGGGAAGGGGAAAAUACACGGACGGGCACAAGGAAAUCCGGAUAUAUGACGAGGGGGGAACCAAGGCGAAGGCAGAGGAAGGGGAUGUGGGGAAAAGGGAGAGGACAAAUGUGGGGGAGAAGGGGGGUGAUAGAGAGACGUGCAGUUUGGCAGAUGGUGUGGAUAAGGAGAGAGAGGUGAGGCGUGAGGAGGAUCUGAGAGAGGAGGGGAGUGAGGAGGAUUGGAGAGGGGAGGGGGAUGAGAAGAAGGCCACUUUGGAGGAGUUGAGGAGUCAGCAGCUGACAGGGGAGCAGUUGCUGGAGUGUGCAGCGUAUAAGGUGGGAAACUGUUAUGCAAUUGGUGCACUUACUGUAAAUAUGGACACACAAUGUGGGCUGAGGAGGCAGCAGCUGAGAGGAGAGCAGUUGCUGGAGUGUGCAGCGUAUAAGGUGAGAAACUGA